AUGCCACCAUCAUCCUCUUCAUUUUCAAUACGUUCUGCUGGAUCAUUCUGGGGAUUGGCAUCAGGCUCCAUAUUAUCCGGAACUGGAAGAUUUGCCUCUUCUUUUCAUGCACCUUUGCAGCAUCAUGUAUGGCCUGAAGAGAAUCUUGUGCAACUUGAGCAUUAUCAGGUAAGGGAACACCAUGAAUAUUUACAUCACCAUCUCCUCCAACACCGAAGUGCUUCUCUACAGCAGCUGGUUGAUGCGGACCCCUAUGCUCCUUAAUAAAAUCUGCAAUUUGAUCUGGAGCAACAACAUCAACGUUAUUUUUAAAUUUUAAUUUGUUCUUCUUGAUGUUUGCGUUGUCGCGAUCCCGGGCUAAAGCUACAGCUAAUGGGAUUUCUUCCCGAUCAUUCUGGAGCCUUCCUCUUAAUGGAUUUGCAUUACCACCAGCAGAAAGAGAUACAUGAAUUCUCUCAGGAGCAUGAUAACGUGCAAGGAAAAAUAAGACUACAAAGAUUCCUAGAAGACCACCUAGUAUCAACUGCUUUUUCGGUCUUCGAAAAAAGAGAGUUCGCAUUAUGAUCGUUUAAGGCACGUAGGUGA